GGCGUGGCUAAUCGCGGCACGUGGCCGGCGGCGGCGGCGGCAGCAGCAGCAUGGCGCAGGUCACGGCGCGAUUCCGUACUGAGAACCGCAGGUACGCCGUGGAGGAUGUGCCCUUCUCGGUGCCCGCGGCCUCCGAGACCACCGACCUCAGCCACCUCAUCAACAAGCUGCUGGCGGGCGGCGGCGCGGAUCACAAAUAUGUGGAAUUUGACUUCCUUAUCAAUGGCCAGUUCUUGCGUGUGCCGCUGGUCACACACAUGGAAAUGGAAAAUAUUUCCACGGAAGAAGUGGUGGAAAUAGAGUAUGUGGAGAAAUAUAUGGCCCCUCAGCCAGAGGAAUGCAUCUUCCACGAUGACUGGAUCAGUUCCGUUCAAGCCACUGAAGAAUGGAUAUUAACUGGCUGCUAUGAUCAGACUGCUCGAAUCUGGUCUUUGGAAGGAAAAUCCGUCAUGACAAUAGCUGGGCAUACAGAAGUGGUGAAGAAUGUGGCAUGGGUGAAGCAAGAUAGUUUAUCAUGCCUGUUACUCAGUGCUUCUAUGGACCAAACUGUCCUGCUAUGGGAGUGGAAUGUGGAGAAAAACAAAGUGAAAGCCCUUCACUGCUGCAGGGGACACGCUGGGAGCGUAGACUCCAUAGCUGUUGAUUGCACAAGAACUAAAUUCUGCAGUGGAUCCUGGGAUAAGAUGUUAAAGAUCUGGUCUGCAGUACCAACAGAUGAAGAGGAUGAAAUGGAAGAAGCAGGAAACAGACCACGGAAGAAGCAGAAAACUGAACAGCUGGGACUAACAAGGACUCCUCUGGCAACCCUCUCUGGCCACACAGAAGCUGUCUCCUCUGUGCUGUGGUCAGAUGCUGAAGAAAUUUGCAGUGCGUCAUGGGACCACACCAUCAAACUCUGGGAUGCUGAGACUGGAAAUCUCAAAUCAACGUUGACAGGAAACAAAGUGUUUAAUUCUGUCUCCUACUCACCACUGUGUCGACGCCUUGCAUCAGGCAGCACUGACAGACAUAUUAGACUAUGGGAUCCUCGCAGCAAAGAUGGAUCCUUGGUUCUUCUAUCUCUGACAUCUCACACAGGCUGGGUGACAUCUGUCAAGUGGUCACCUACCCAUGAACAUCAGCUCAUAUCUGGUUCUCUGGACAACAUUGUGAAGCUCUGGGACACGAGGAGUUGCAAAGCUCCUCUGUAUGACUUGGCUGCUCAUGAAGACAAGGUUUUGUGUGUGGACUGGACAGAAGCAGGGUUGCUAUUGAGUGGAGGUGCAGACAACAAACUGUAUUGCUACAAAUACCCAGCUACAGCCUCCGAUGUUGGAGCAUAAAGGUCAACAGCGAGAAGACUUUUCUUUAAAAAUAUUUUUGCAGCAGUCACUGCUAGCAUCCCUACACAACCAACAUCUGAGGAAAGGAAUUCUUUUGUCGCUCAGAGACCUGGUUGUUCCUGGUUUUUGUAUUGGUAACCUAUAUCCUUAUUGGUCACAGAAAAAUGGCAACAAGAAGUUACAAAUGUGUUUCCUCCCUUUUGAUGGCUUUGAAUUAACAUCUUUGAAAUUUAAGACUAUUUGUACAGCCCUUUUAAUAAGGAGUAAACUGUUCCCAAUGCAGAAAAAUUACUCACUGGUCUAAGUUAUUUUUUGGGUUUACCUGCUGUCCCUUAAAAAAAAAAAUAAAGCUUUUAUCUACAGUUCAUUAGUUUAGUGCCUCACUUCAGAUAAUAAUUAAACUUCACCCCUCCUUGCAGUAUGGCUGUUGGCAGUUGUUAUGAUAAGGCCCUUAAACUGAUGAACCCAGACUUCUUUCCAGUAUGAAGACUUAGUAUGUUUGCAAUGCAAAUGGCAUGAUAUAAAGGAACUUGUCAGAUUUAAUGACAGAUUAAAUAUUCAAUUUUUUUGUUGCUCGUAAGUUAGGGCCAUAAAUUACUUUAGAAGAAUGUGCCUGCUUUAUGCCACAGUACAUGUUAUGCUGCAGUACAACUAAUGUGAUAUCUUACUCCUAAAAAGCAGAUGUAUAGAAACAAGUGGAGGAUCACACAGAGAAGGCAGAAGAAAAAUUUAUUUGUUCCUAGAAAGAAUGGAUACAAAAAGUUGCAAUAGCUUUUAGGUUGAUAGAGGAUAAGUACUAUCCACGCAUGCUCGUUUUCUUUGCUAGGGGUCUUGCUUUUAAUUCAUUUAAAUGAAAAAGCUAUUAUGACAGUUUGUUAGAUGCCAUAUAUGUGAUGUUAAACCAGCACAUAGUUUAACAAUGUGGAAACCAAACUUGAAUAUCCUCACUGAUAUCUUAGCUUUCAAUAUAUGUAAGACCUGUACAGCACAAUCAAGUUAAAUGCUUAAAUUGCAAAGUUAAUAAUUUUUCUGUGAAGAGUAAAGACUUUGAUCUCCAGGUUGAUGAUGUGGUCAAGUUCCAACUUUUGCAGUUUAGGAAAUACCAAAACAGCAAAACUAUGGAGAAAAUAGCAAGGAUACAGGGGAGGGAUCUCUGAUCCCUUGCAUUUGCAAAUAACGUACUGCAACUAAUAGACUAACUUUUAUUUACAAAUACUGCUUACAAGGAAUUAGUUGUCUUGCCAUCAUCUUACUGCCCAUGUGCAUGGUUUUAGUUUGCACUUCAUCCUUUCUAAAGCAAUAUUCAUACCUUAAUAUAGCAAGUAAUUAUGUUUUUUUCUUAUUUAAACUUUAUUCCUUUAAAACACUGACUUCUAUUUACUCCACAAACUGGAACUUGCAAAUAUGGUGUAAACAACUACUUUGUUUUGUAAUUUCCAAAAAUACAAAGCAUUUUUUUGAGCAGGAAUUUAGUAUGUGCUGGAACAUGCAGCAUCCCUUCCUCCCCACUAUUACAGAUUUGUAUAAUUCCACAUGCACAUCUAUGGAUAUGCCAAUCUAUCCUAGAAAUCAUUGGCCUAAUAUUCAUAAAAGUUUUUAAAGAUCUCUAGUAGUUUUUUAGUAUGAAAACAGAAGAGAGUAAUAUCCUCAUGAGGUGAUCCUUAAUCCAAUAUACCUGUUAUUUGGAGGUCUUAACAAAGUGAAGUUUGGAGAUGUUUUUAGCGGAAAGCAUGACAUUGAAGGAAGCUUGGAACCUACUUUGCUUCACUUCUUUUCAAGACUCCCAGUGACCAUUUAAUCUAAAGUCUUGAGCUAUUUUGUGUAUUAUAAGAAACAUCCAUUUUAUUACUCUCUUUUCAGUUUUUCUUUCAGGUAAUCUAGGCUUGAGUAUUGCUUUUCAAAUUACUGUGGUAUUUUACAGUCAGCUGUGGAGCAUCCCCAGUUAAUUAAGUAGUUGAUAAAAACAAGCGGGUUCUCUUACAAGCAUAUGUCUAAAGACUUAGGAAUGCAAGGUGGGUACCUUAAUACAGUUUUCUUGCCUUACUCCUUAAAAAAUACUUUUUAAAAAGGUCAUGUCACUUGGACUGUCAUCUUAGCUUAGAAAGAUUAAUAUUAUGUAGACUUAAGAAAUCCCAGCUGGCAUUAAUUGUUUCAGCUUCAAACGGAAUCCAUUAGAUCUACUACACUUGUCACCUGUAGUACAUAUACAGAGUGUAACUAGAAAGGUAGGUUCUGGUAGACCAUAGUUCAGCAGGUGGGUUUUUACACCCUCCUCUCACUUUGGGCUCUCUUUAUUUGGAAAAGUACCGUGUCAGACACACAAAGAAACAACCAAGUAAACCAUAUUAACAUUAUUAAGCGAUACUAGCAUAAGUACAACAUAUUUUUGGAAUGCAUGUGUAUUACCACUGUCUACAAAUUACCCUACUAAGAUUUGGCUGACCGACAAUUCUUUGGAUAAUCUGUAAUCUUAAUGAAAACGUUUUAAUAAGAAUACUUGUUUUCCUCCAAACACACAGUUCUUUCAUUUAAAGUAAGAAUGUCAAAUUGGAAUGGCUAGCAUGAGUUGAUUUUAAAAUUGCAAAAGAACGGAGUCAAAACCAAACUUACUCUUCCAGAAUGAAGGUGCUGACAGUGAUUCUGCUUGGAAAAAUACUUCCCCCCCCAAUAAACCCCCCAUUUCUGCAUAUUCAUAGUGCCCAAGUAGCAUAAUAUAGAACAGUAAAGUUUUAUGUACUAAUUGCUAGUUUUCUUUAAACAUCAGUGAUACUCCAAGUGAGGGGAAUAAAGACAAUACUCAACUACUGCAAGCUUUACUCAUUUUUUGUAUCAAUGGGGGUGGGGAGUAGGUUUGUUUGGGAGAGGUAGUGCAAUAAAUUGUUCUACGUCAUCUUUUCAUCUGCACUGACACCUGGCAUGAACUGUUAACUUUACUAGCACACAUACUCUGCUUCUACAGUUCAAACAACAUUAUGCAUUAAGACACACAUUAAAAGCAUUUGUUUAAGACAAGGGU